GAGGGGGAGGAAGAUCUGGAGAACGAGGAGGAGCUGCUGGCAGAGCUGCAGGAGGUGCUGGAGGAGGGGCCCGGGAGCGCAGCCGCCGCAGAGACCCCACAGGAGCCCGCGGGUGCCGGGGCGCUGCUGGCGGAGCUGGCGGAGCGUGCGGAGCUCUACCGGGCGGCCCUCGGGAACGCCGCGAGGGAGAACGGCAACGGGGCCCGGCUCCGGCGCCUCCAGCGCGGCCUCAAGACCCUGGAGCAGAUGCUGGAGUCCGUCCGGAGCGGGAAGCCGAUCGACGAGGCCGACAUUCCUCCCCCGGUGGCUCUGGGGAAGGGUGGGGGAGCCCCUGGGCCACCACCCCCUGUGAGCCCUGAGCCCCCAGUGCAGCCCCCUGCCCCUCCACAGCCUCCCCCAGCCCCGGAUCCCGGCUUGGGUCCCUGCCCGGAUCCCAGCUCGGAUCCCAGCUCGGAUCCCAGCUCGGAUCCCUGCCCAGAUCCCGGCUCAGGUCCCUGCCCAGAUCCCGGCUCAGGUCCCUGCCCAGAUCCCGGCUCAGGUCCCUGCCCAGAUCCCGGCUCAGGUCCCUGCCCAGAUCCCAGCUCGGUGCCGGCGCUCCGGCUGCGGCUCCAGGAGCUGCAGAAGGAAGCGCUGGCGGCCAAACGCCGCGGGGACACGGCCACGGCCCUCGGGCACUUCCGUGCGGCCAAGAGGCUGGAGGCGCAGCUGGAGGUGCUGGGGCAGGGCCGUGUUCCGCCAGCCCCUGAUCCACGGCCGGAGGAGCCGAAGGCUCCGCUCCCGAGGGAUUCUCCAGCGAAGAACCCACCGGACACCGGCCCAGCCCCUCCUGCCGCAGAGCCCCCCCGGGCGCCGCGGGACGUGCGGGAGGCGCUGGAGCAGCGCAUGGAGCGGUACCGGGCGGCCGCGGCACAGGCCAAGGACAGCGGGGACGCCAGGAAGGCACGGAUGCACGAGAGGAUUGUCAAG